AUGCGUGAGCAUGAAGCAUCUCGAAAUCUGCUGCUAGCAUAUGCCUAUGCUGCUCGGUGGAGAGUGAACUCGAGUCCGGAAACGGUUCAAGAUCAAGUCGAUGCACAGACACAUUUUGGACGAGGAACGAAUCUACUAUGGAAUCGGCUCCGGGCAGCGGACAAUGCAAGCUCAGACGCAAAUAUCCAAGCGGUGCUUCUUUUGCUGGUCUACACGGCUGACUUUGGCCAGCAGAGUGAGCUGCAUUUCCAUGCAAGGGCUCUGCAGACGAUGAUUGAGCAAAGAGGAGGCAUUGAGGCCAUGAGCCACAAUCCGACACUCCAGUACCAACUACGAAUAAUCGACCAGUCGAGACAAUUCCAUCUCACUCUUGCCUGCGAACCAUCUUGCCCGAACGCAUUGAGGUUUCCUGACGGCUUCCAGGCGUCUCUUUCCUUGAACUCAACGACGAAUUGA